AUGAUCUCCAGAAUUCCUUUCUACCUCUUUGUGGCCAACUUCUUGUGUCAGCAAGCUGUUGGAUUUCAAGCUGUAAACAUGAAUGGUGCCUCAUCAUCAUUACCAAGGCCGUCGGCUUCUACCGUCGGCACUUCUCCUUCUUCUUCCACCACAUCAUUGAAUUAUGUUAAUGCUCAAACCAUUGACAGCACAGUCACUGAAACUGACAGCUUCAGGAAUUCCAUCCUAAACACUUACCAACGCGAAGAACCUCAAGUCUCAAUUUCUCAAUUGCUUACCGAACAAGUGGCAAGAGAGUUCACUGCCGGCAGAAGGUAUCUAUUGGCUGCCUCUGCUGUCAAGGACCUAUCCGAAGAAUUUUAUGACGUCGAGGAGCAACAACGAGUUCGCGCCAUGGAACUCAUGGAAUAUGCCCGAGCUCAUGACAUUGAAAUCAUGGACUAUGCUUCUCAAGUGGACAAGACUCCCAUUGACAAGUCCAUGAAGACUACAGAACUGUUACAAGAGUUGCUCGUCCAAGAACAAAAGGACGUGAAGCGACUCGAAAAAGUCAUGAGUCAAGUCUCUUCCAAGAAUGUCAAACUUCUGGCCUUCUUGGAAGUCAUCCGAGCGGACCAAAUGGAACGUAAGGAUCAAAUCAUGCAAACACUUGCAGAUGCCCUUCCCAACAUGCAGCAAACUGCUGUGGACACUGCCGCUUCUGUUGCCACCGGCGACUUUUCUCUGAAUUUUGGACAAGAGUUGCUGAACAAGUUGGAGAACCAACUUCAAGGCAUGGGACAACAUGUCCAAGACUUGGUCUCCAAGUCCACUUCCGGUCACCACUUUACCUUUACUGGAGCUACUGUUGCUACCGUUGCCGCUGUUGAUGCCGUUGAUCCCGAGUCUCUUCCAACACCAGAAGAUAUCCUUCAGGCUGUCGACACUGCCACUGCACUUUUUGAUCAACAAAAUUUGAUGGACACCGAAACCCUCACGCAACUUGUUGAUAUUGUCAGCGGUCUGUACUGA